AAUGUGAAAAAUACUUGUAUAGUUUAGGCUGGGCUCUGGAAUGUCUGUUCUGCUCGUGUCACCAUCUGAAAUGAGAGUCUGUAGCGCCACGCUGACAACUGUGGGGAAGGAAAUCUAUGCAUAGUGACAACUCCGCUAGGACUGUGCAACAGGGGCGAGCAGUAGGGUUUCCUGGGGAAUAGUGUCUCUUAAUAUUUACCCACAUAAACCAAAAAUCUUUUAAUCAAGAAAGUCCUUUAGCACAAAGUAAUGGCAACAUUAGGGAAGGCACUGAUUUACGACGGGGACACACACUGCGCGCUGUCCAGCAAAGUUUUACACGUCGUGGCGGCUCCAAAGGACUCGAAUUAUGUAGAUCUAAACGAAUUGCUAGACCUGAAACUGGGCGAGACGAAAGCGGUGCAAGUAAGUUUUACCGGCCAAAAGGACACACUCCAGUGCGUCCGGCUUCCUUCGGCGGAACAUCUGCCCAGUCUCACGCGCAAAUGUGCUAAUGUAGAAUGCUGGGAGAAUGGCAAAACAAAAGGAGCAACAGAAACAAAAACAGCUGGCUCUUCUGAAGGACCACAGCUCAGUCAUGAAAGCCUCAUGGACUGUUCCGAGUUGCUCGAAAUACGCGAAUCGGAAAGAACACUGGAAAUUUUGGAAAAAGAGACCAAAGAACUCGACGAUGGUGAUUUACGGCGCACGGAGUUGUAUUUCAGCGAGAAGAGUGAGUCGGACGACGAAGUGAGUACAGUGAUCGCGGAUUACUGCGUGCACGAAAUGGCCGGUGAUGAAGCUCACUACAUCACUACGCACGAAAUUCAGCUUUCCGAACUUGAUCACGACGUGGACUGUGACUUGGAAACAGUGUCCACUUGGGAUAUCGAUGAUGAACACCAGGUCUAUUCGUUCGUGGACUACGCAUCUGUCGACAACAAUGAACCGAAAGAAGUACAAGUGGAAAACAUCGAGGACGAGGCUCAUAGGAUCACUGCAGUGGCAUGCAGUCAAGCAGAAAGUGAUCCGGGCGACAGGAGCGCCACCUCAGAAGAGAAAGCGCCCGAGUGCCAAAGCAAACGCACCGGCCACAUUCACCUGUCAAUCAAAGCCACUUCCAGAGCUAUAAACAAGCCUAGCAACGUCCAAGAAAAGGAUGGAGGCCAUCAUCAUUAUGCCAUUUACACUGAAGACAUGAGCCGUUGUGUUUUAAAGGACACAAAGGGGGGAAACGUAUGCGAUGGCGCAAAAUGUUUGAUUGCUCUGCCCGGGCGUUUGCACUUUGGCAACAAAUUCAAAGGCAAAGAUGUAACAGGGUACUCCAGCGGCACAUCCAGCGCUGUAAGCGAGUUGGAUGAUGCCGACAAGGAAGUGCGCAACCUCACGGCCAGAGCUUUCAAAAGUCUGGCCUACCCAUAUCUCGAUGCCAUCAAUUUCAGCACUUCCAGCGAGUCCUCGGCUUCAGAGCGCAGCAAAGGGCUCAACAGGUGGUCAGCACUUGUUGAUCUAAAGUAUGGCAAAGUAAACGUGUCCAAAGGAGGCGGUCACAAUGCAGUGGCCCAUCAAAAUGCCUCGUCUAAUUUUUCGUUGGCAAAAAGGAGGGAGAGUAAAGGGAUAACGGGAUUAACUUUGACCAGUAGAAGAGCGCCCCCAGUUGAGGUAUUUGCUCUGAACGGCAAUCUAGUGAACCCCAAAAACGCAUCGUUAACCAGAGGAAAUGAGCUCAUGGGCACAAUUGGACAGGGUCAGAGUGGUGUAAUACGGCUCAGUGAAACGCUGAAUUUUCGCUGCAAUGUUAAAGCGAGUACGCCUGCAAACGAACAGCGCGUGAAAUCAGCCCGAACCACGGAAGGAUCACAUUCCGCAGAUGAGGUUACAAACCCUAGGCAAAAGGCGCACAGCAAGCCACCGUGUGAUUCAGAAGACGCAAUGGAGGACGUGCACAAGAAAUCCAUAUUUGCUUCGAGCAUACUAAAAAAUGUCAUUUCGAAGAAAAUGCAGUUCGAGCAGGAGCGCAAGAUGGAGCGGGGAGAGAUCAUCGAGCCGGGCAGUCACGAGCAUGAAGCGCACCGAGACAAAACUGCGCUCACAGGACUUCACAGACAAAGCUCCAAACUCUCUGAGACAGAAUCCGACUUCAGUAUCGUUUGCCUGGAUGAACUUGGAGACUUCGUGGACAGCGGGUCCAGCGACGCCAAGGACAACGAACGCCUCGAAGAACAUAUCGCUCUCGCAUCAGAAACCAAUUUAGAGUCGGAAAACUGCGCGGCAUUCGACGCUAUAAAAGGAGCUACGGACGCGUCCAGAGGCGCACUGAUUCGGAGCCAAAAUAGCGCUUUUAGAAGCUGGAGGGACGAAGAGCCAGAGGCUCAAACUGAGCGCAAAAGCAAGCAAACAGACUCGACGAACAGCAAGCUUACAAAAAUGUCGCGCUUAUUUGUGCCAAGCAUCCAACUCGUGUCCGGUGAGAGGGAGCUCGAGAAGACUAAGCCGAGUGCGAAUAAUAACCGUGAAGUGAGAAGUAUGAAUACUCUGUAUGUAUCAGACAUCGCACAAAAACCAGGAACGUCGAAGUCGCCGGAAAUUAAAAUAAGUUUACGGAGUCUAAGAGAAGACCGGAGUGACCCGUUCAGCAUCGCUAAGCUCCUUGCUCCCAGUACAGGCUGCACUGCAGGCGGGUUGACAAAAACAAACGAUGAUCCCAAAUAUCAAGCGCUCGCUGCUGCAGUGAAGAGUGACUCGUCUGAUAGAAUCCCACACUUCACAGUUAGAGACGUUCGAGACAAGACAAAGUUGCAAGCGCCAAUACACCAAGUUAGAGACGUGCGCAAACUGGUUAAGAGCUCGUAUCACUUUGUAUCUAUGGACAACAACAGCGCGGACAUGGAGCACAAAACCUCCUCACAGAAGGGAUAUCAGAAUCCGACAAGUCUUCCCCCUAUCGUGAUUAAAUGUCAUUCAGUGAAUACAAAUAGCAUUGCAAAGGAAUCAGAAAGAAUCUCAGAUUCCUCGAAUUAUAAACUGGUUGAUGAUAUCCAAGAGGCUGAAGUGACACAUUCUCAGGAGUCUGUAGAUAGUAUCACAACAGGGUCUGAACAAACAGGUAACCCAACUGAACAAGUGCAGUUAACAAACAUACAGCAGGAGGGAAUCCCUGAAUUAAGAACUGAGACAAAAAACAGCACAAGGAGGCAAGAGACAAUGUGUGACACAGGUGAGAAAAAGGCUGAUCCCAAGAUGGUUGCCCUGGAGAAGCUUCAAGCUGCUGUUAAGACAAUGGAACAGCUUUAUGUAUUUGACAAAAAUGAGUGGAAGAGAAAAUCUAAGCCACAACCAAUAACUGACAGCCAUGUGCUUUCAUUCCUGAGUACUGAACAUCACGGAUGUAAUGAGCAAGACCAGGGGAACACUAGUUCUUUAUCUGUCACAACGAGGGAAGACUCAGUCUCAAACCCAGAUAAACUGGUAACAACUGGACAGCAAUCAACACGAAAAGAAGAAAAGGAACCGUUUAAAAUUUCACAGACGCCCGUUAUCAAUGACAAACAAAAGGACACCAAAACUCUGAUGCACCUUGAUGGAACUCCUAAUAAGAAAAUUUCUAGCCUAAGCCACAGUCAGAAAUCUUUUGUUCCUGUCACAACAAGUUCAGUAAAAGCCCCACAGAUGCUUGGCUCAUCUGCAGCAUCUAUUAGUUCUAUAGCUGUGAAGAACCUUAAGUCACCAAUGCAACCAGUGUCUUUAAAUAUUAGCCAGUCAAAGCCUGUCACAGAGAAGAGAGAAAAUCUAAGUAGCAAUGCAAGCAAAUCCAAUAAGGCAGGAUUUGCCCCAGUUCAGUUCAGGUCUUCAGUUGAUUCUGAGAAUUACAUAACUAUACCUGUAAAACCUUAUGCUACCAAUGCCCAUCAGUCUCACAGGGAACACAGUAGCAACACCAAAAGCCAAGGAGACAGUCAUCAGCCCCACAAACACUCAAGUACCGUUAUGGAGACACGUUCCCCAGAUACCCCUACUGCUACGAUCUACCAUCACCCUCUGCCCAUUAUGCACGCAGCACAGCCGCAGGUAAUUUGUUUUUCUCCUACAGUUCAGCCAUCUCCAGUGCCCACAGACCACUUUCAGUCUACACAGAAAAAAAUGCUCCUAGAUCCCACUACUGGAAACUACUAUUUGGUUGACACUCCUGUCCAGCCAGCCACAAGACGACUUUAUGACCCAGAAACAGGGCAGUAUGUUGAUGUCCCAAUGCCACAACCUCCUCCUAUGACCCCUGUAUCUGUGCCUGUUUCCCCGCUUGCCCUUAGCCCUGGAGGUUAUGGUCAUACCUACAUGUUCUACCCAGGAUACAUGGCCUCAACUGUGAUUCCUGCCCGGACCAUUCAGCCUCAGCUUUCUGUACAAUCAGAGGUGGAAGCAGGAGACAAAUCCCAUGCAGGGCAGCAGGGAGAUGAAGCAUACAUGGAAAGUCCUUAUUAUAUGCCUUCUGGGAAAUCUCUGCAGUUAACUCCAGGUGCUCAUCAUGUACCUACUGGCAGGGUGGCCAACAGCAAGAUACCUGUCAUUAGCAUCACCUCCCAGCAAGGGCCCAGGAUCAUCGCACCUCCCUCCUUUGAUGGAACCACUAUGAGUUUUGUGGUGGAGCACAGAUGACUGCCUGAAGGCUUACAAUGAGCUGCCUAUAAUACGUCCAGUCAGCACUUCCAAGAUCUGAUGUCUCUAUUUUCUUUUAUUGUUUGUCUAUAGCUUCCUUCAACAGGAAGACCCCUACCACUAUCAUUCACCACAUGCUUCAUCAUGUAAUGUAAUUCUUUUUUUUCCUCUCCUGUUUGCAGUGCAACAAUGCAAUGUCCUUUUCUCUGUAUAGCUCUUUUUCACCUUUGAGAAACUUGUUAAAUAUGCUUUUGAAAAUGAGAGUGAUGGUUUAAUGCUAUAGCAUCUCAGUUUAAAGCAAAACUAAUGAAUUGGGUCACAUAAUAAAUAUUGUCAAGUCAUAAGGAUUAGGGAAUCAUAAAGAAAUACCUUUCUUCUUUAUGACCAAUUUAAUAGAAACUAGUCUAAUAUUAAAACUGUUUCCUGUUUAAGAGUAAUUUCUAACUAAUUCAUAAAGCAUAACAGUGCUUCAAUAAAAAGAACCACAAGAAAUCCUAAUUGCUUACUGCAGGUAAUUAACGGCAAGAAUCAAGCACGUACAGUAUGUACAUUAGGAUAUGUAAAAGGUCAAUAUGAGGUUUUGAACUGUGUCAUUUGUAGUAGUUUUAUACUGUAAAUGAGUUCUAGUUUUGAAGUAAUGAUCAUUAAAUCAUUACUUCAAACAGGAUGCUGUUACAAAUUUUUGUAUAGUUAAUUAAUGAAUCGAAACUGGCUGAUGUACAGGUCUUCCUGAUAAAUCCAUGAUUGAAAAAACAUUGCACAUGUCACAUAAAAUGUAAUAAGAAUAUUUGAAUGAACAGUCAUUAAUUACAAACCUCGUGAAAACAAAAAUGUAAAUGCUGACAAUUUACAUAUGUUUUCUUUAAUACAUAUAUUAAAUUAUUAUUUAUGUUAUAUUUAA